GUAUUUUUAAUGUUAUCAGUAGCACGGUUGAUUUCUGAUUUACUAAUUUGGCGGUAUUGAUAUUUUAAUAUAAGAGGUAGUUUGACAUUUGUCAUGAUCAUUACGCUGUUGGAUUUUGUAAAGUGAAGUUGGAGAAAUAAAACUGUGAUUUGUACUUGAGUGUUUUAAUUGCAAGUUAUCAUAUCAGAAGUUGGAAACGAGUCCAAAACGCCACAGUAUGGAUGAACAUGAUAGGAGAGUUGUACGGACGCCUCCGCUACCACGUGAUGAUCCAGGGGGAGGCCAACCGAUGACGCCGCCGCAAGAACAACACAGGCGUAGCAGGGCUAGCAACCGGGACCUGGAGAGGCGCAGCCGCACAACACGAAGUCGAUCCAGACACAGCCGAGGGAGGAGUAGCCGCAUCAACUCCGACGGAUCAAGAAGCAGCAGGCGCCGCAGCCGGUCACGUUCGCGCCGCAGCAGGUCGCGAAUGCGCCUCAGCCCGGCGCAAGUACACUGGAGUUCUACACGCUCGCGCCGCAGCCGCAGCCGCUCGCGUCGCAGUCGGACGCGCUCGCGCCGCAGCCGCAGCCGCUCGCUGUCGCGCCGGCGCUGCCGCAGUCGUGCGAGGUAUGGUGAUAAUGAAUUAUUAGGCACUUUGAAAGAUUUAUUUAAAGCUGUUAGAUCAGAGGACAGGUCAGAUCAUGUUGAAAGAUUUCCCGUAAUGAACGUUUUGCCUGAAUUUGACCCAGCCAAUCGGAGCCAAACUAUUGACGUAUGGCUAAAUAAAGUAAAUGAGACCGCUAGUAUUUACAAUUGGACCGAACGACAAAUUAUUCACUACGCAUUACCUAAAUUAGCCGGUGUUGCUCUAAAGUGGUACCAAGGCUUGACUAGUUUAAAACACACAUGGCCCGAUUGGCAAGUUAAAUUAAAAACAGCUUUUCCUAGUAAGGAAAAUUAUGGUUUAUUGUUAACGGAAAUGCUUGAAAAACGUGCUAAAUAUGGAGAUUCAUUAGAAGAUUAUUAUUACGAAAAAGUGAUGCUACUUAAUAGGUGUCGAAUCACAGGCACCGAUGCAGUUGAUUGUAUUUUAUUAGGGAUCGAUGAUAGAGCAGUAAAAACCAGUGCCGAAGCAGCUCAAUUUACAGAACCGGAUAAAUUGCUAGUUUAUUUGCGUAGUCAGAAAAAUACCAAACCUAGAGUUUCGUCGCGACAGACCAAUGAUAGUAAACAAGUUAACAAUCGGGGCCCUAAGCCGGAUAAUAAAGUUGUUAAAUGCUUUAAUUGUGGUGAGGAUGGACAUCCUCAUUUUAAAUGUAAACAGCCAAUAAAGAAAUGCGAAACUUGUUCUAGAAUUGGUCAUGUUGCAUCGGAUUGUAACCUUAAAAAGAAUUUGGACGUGAAAAACGAGAAAACUGUGUCAUGACUAGCUGUAUCUAGUAGUAAAGAUCAAAAAUUUUAUAAAACUGCAAGCAUAAACAAGACAAGUCUAUCGUGCUUUAUAGAUUUUGGAAGUGAGUGUACGCUUUUGAGAUUAUCUGAUGCAAAUAAUAUUUUUGAUGAUUGGUCUAAAGAUAAUUUACCUAUUUUAAGAGGUUAUCCACAUUCAGCAACUCAGAUAUUAGGUAAAGUUUAUACGAAUAUCCUAAUUGAUUCGGUUGAAGCUACUGUAGAGGUAUUUAUAGUACCUGAUAGUCAUUUAAGUACAUCUUUAUUAAUUGGGCAAUCGUUUACUGAACAGGAUCACAUAGAAACCCAUAAAACUAGUAAUAGUCUCACUUUUUCAAAUACAUCGAAGGAUUAUGAAUACAAACCUAUAUCUUUAAUCGCUAAUAACACUAUCAUAAUAAAUAAUGUUACUGAGGUGGAUUUCUAUACUAAGCCAGUUUACAAUGGGUUAAUUUAUGUAGAGUAUAGUUUGAUAUCGCAACCUGGAAGGGAAUAUGUAACAAUACCUGGUUUAAUUACUGUGACAGAUGGGCGUGGACGAGUUAUCGUUAAAGGUUUAUCAGUUAACCCUUUUGAACUAGUACAGGAUAGUGUUAUUACUCGUGCGUGUAUCGCUAGAGAAGCUCAAGCAUAUAGAGUUAAUAGAAUAGAUUUGAAUUCAUCAUUUACCGUUAAUGACGAGAUAUCUUUAGCUAGAGUUCAAGUAGAGCAGACAUUGAGCGAGCAAGAGAUGAAUGAACUACUUAAGUUGUUAAACGAACAUCGUAAAUGUUUUGCAUUUAGUACCAAAGAAUUAGGUUGUUGUAACUCUACAUCUAUGAAUAUUCAACUAACUGAUAAAACUCUGGUAGUAUACCGUCCUUAUCGCCUGUCUUAUGCGGAAAGAGAGGUUGUAAGAGACAUGGUUAAUGAAUUGAAGGAAUCAGGAAUUGUUAGUGAGUCCACUUCCGAUUAUGCAUCACCAAUCAUAUUGGUAAGGAAAAAGACUGGAGGCUAUCGUAUGUGCAUUGAUUAUAGAGCUCUCAAUAAGAAAACAGUAAAGGAGCAUUACCCUUUACCCCGAAUAGAUGAUCAAUUAGACGGGUUAGCUGGAUAUUCAUACUAUACUAAGUUAGAUCUGGCAUCUGGUUACUACCAGAUACCAUUAGC